AUGCCGGUUACAAUGGUCGAUGAUACUCCUGCGGGAGAUAGAUCCCGCAACACGUACCUUACGGAGUGUGGGCAUGUAAUCUGUGCCAUGUGCUAUGAGAACAUCAAGAUUCUACCACGUCCAUGCGGUGGAUGUGGGAAAGAUAUUGAUCACCGCAAGGUGAUCCGAGUAUACUUCCACGAGGUCUGUGGUAGCAACUCUGAGGAGGUGGAGAGCCUAGAGAGGCGCAUCGAAGAGGAGAGAAGGGAGACUGAGCUUCUACGUCAGACCGAAGACAGGCUCCGCGAGCGACUCAAAGAGCUUACGGGUAUGGUGGAAGCGAGUGCUCAGAGGCUCGAAAACGCCAUCCAGAGCACUGUUGAAGCGUUGAGGUCAACGACAGGUGGCUCUAGUUCAUUGUAA